UAUUCGAUUCCCAAAUUGGUUCAAAGAUCCUUCAAUAAUUUCCAAUUUCCAUAUCACCAACCAUCGUCUCAAGCUUUUCUACGCAUCCUUGUGCUAAAUUCCUGGUGUUCUUCGAUUUCUCUUCAUCAUCCAGCAAGGUCUCGGUUUUCGAACCAGAGUUAUCUUUCCAGGCUAAAGACAAUAAAUACUGCAGUGUGACUGAAACUGAAUCAGUAAUUUUCUUGACACCAUUAUGGAUGAGACAAAAAAUAGUGAUGAUUUUACCUUUUGGCAGGUUGGUGAUGAGAAGAAAAAUGAACCAAAAGGUCUUCCAGAUGUUAGUAGUAUGAGUAUAGAAGAUAAAAACAAAAGUAGUGGAACUAUUUGGGGUGAUAAUUCCAAUAUUAAUGCUGAUGUGGCAAAACAGGAGAAAGUUGGAUCCUUGACAUUUAAGGUUAUUGAUGCAUCUUCACAAAGAAAGUCAACGGAACCUUCCAAACAAACAGCAGGGGUAGAUGUGGAAAGUUCAAAUAAUGCAUCACAAAAACCAAAAAGUGUUGGAAAGAAGCCAGUUUCAAGGGCAAAAGUUCCUUAUCAAAUUGGGUAUAGUCAUAUGGAUUGGCUCAAGGUUACUAGGACACAUCCUGAUUUAGCAGGAUUAAAAGGGCAGUCAAACAAGAGAGUUAUAUCUUUAAGUGAAGUCAAACAACACCAAUCAGAGGACUCCAUGUGGACUGUUCUUAAAGGCCGUGUCUACAACAUCACUCCAUACAUGAAAUUUCAUCCUGGAGGUGUUGAUAUGUUGAUGAAGGCGGUUGGAAAAGAUUGUACAGCUUUAUUUAAUAAAUACCAUGCUUGGGUGAAUGCGGAGUUUAUGUUGGAGAAAUGUCUUGUUGGUAUUUUGGAAGAAAGCCGGCAAUGAUUUAAUAUUAUAAAUAUUUAUGAGGACCGAAAGAAGUGAAAUUUUUAUACAAGGAACACAAAAACAUUGUAAUAUUUGACAUGUGAAAGAACAAUAGUAUUUGAGUUAAAAGCUGUAGCGAAAUUGGAUGUAAAUUUAUGAUUAUCAUGUCAUAUACUGCUAUUACAUA